AUAGCUUCCUUGCAUUUUUAUACACAGUGCAAACGGUCGUUUAGUUAACUAAACCUUAAAAAACUGAAAUCUUUUUGGCUCUCUUUAAAUCUGGCAGCAGGUGUUCUGGAAUGGCGUCGGCUGUUUGACAUUUUUACCGCCAGACAAGUUUCAUAUUCUCUUUAUUUACAUAAUAUUACAGUAUUCUUAUAUUAGGAAUCGGAUUAUUGUUUCUUAAAGGAGCUAUGGUCAACUCUUGCAGUGCUGUGGGAUGCAAAAAUAAGAAUACUAAAGGAACUAAUAUAACAUUCCACAGGUUUCCCUUGAAUAAUCAACAUCUCUUAAAGUUAUGGUUAUACCAAAUCAAGCGAGGUAACUGGGAGCCAUCUAAAUAUAGUGUGCUUUGCUCUGAACAUUUUACUGAAGAUUGUUUUGUUAUCAAGGGAGUUCAUAACAGGAGAACUUUAAAAAAUGAUGCCUGUCCCACAAAGUUUUCCAUUGCAAGCUAUACUGAGUCUAUAAAAAAGAAAAAAGUGAUAAAAGAAAAAGCGAGUGAUGUGGAUAUGGCUGAAACCAGUGAUGAGGGUAAACAAGGUGAAGAACAGCAGGAUUCGGCAACAUCAAAAUUAGCUGAGGAUGAGGAAGAAUCAACAUGAAAUGUUGCAAAAAUUGAAAUGCUUCUAAACUUGUGAUCAUUUUAAGAAAUGAGCAAAAUCUACAUUUAAUAAUCUUUUAUUAAUUGUGAUUUUUUAGUGCAUAAUGCUGUUUAGAAUAUGUGCACUCAAUGUAAAACUGAUAUUCAAAAUUAAUUAUAGAUAAUGUGGGUAUUACUUUCUUAAAAUCAUAGCAAUUGUUUAAACCACCAUAAUUCAGUUGAAUGCUUUAUUAAAAAGUUUCCUCGUAAAAGUACUUCUAGAAGCUGUUGACAUUGUUGCAAAUUGUGAUUAAUGUAAAUGUUUUUUGUCAAAUUUUUUAAUAAGUAUUUUUAGAGUUUGACUAAAUACAUUGCAAGUGUUUUUUAAUAUUUAGCUGAAGUAUUUACAUCUUUUGAGACACGUUUCUUUGCUUGAUUGCAUG